GCGCAGAGAGCAGAGUGCAGACCGCAGUACACCGGGACACAGUGUACACGUGAUUUGAGAGGACUAAAACAUUAUUUCAGUGGUUAAUACGUUGACUAUUUGUAUUCCUUGGUUUUUUUUUAUUCAUAAAUUUAAAAAAAAUGGCGAAAUUUUGUCUCAAAAAACCAAGUAAAAGGAUUCAAGCACGACAAAGAUACAAGAUCGAGAAAAAAGUACGGGAGCACAACAGAAAAUUGCGGAAAGAAGCAAAGAAAAAUCCUAAAAAAACUAAAGGAAAGAUAAUGCAAAUACCCAAUCAAUGUCCAUUUAAGGAAGACAUAUUAAAAGAGGUAGAGGCAAUGAAAAAACAGAAUGAGGAAGAAAAACAAAAAUUGCGUGAAGCGGCAAAAGAAAGAAAGAAGGAGAAAAAAGCAAAGGGUUUGGAAGAGCUAGUUUCAACAGCUGAAGAUAAGCAAUUGCGGCAUGAUGCUGUGGCAUCAGGUCCUAAGAAAGAUGUGCUAAAAGUGGUUCUGGGAAAAGAAGAAAAUUCUUUGAAGGCUUAUUACAAAGAAUUCAAAAAAGUAUUGGACUCUGCAGAUGUGAUAUUGGAAGUAGUGGAUGCCCGAGAUCCUUUGGGUACAAGAUGCAAGCAAGUUGAAGAGGCAGUGCAGUCUGCUAAAGGAAAUAAGCGUUUAGUACUGGUUUUGAAUAAAGCAGAUUUGGUGCCUCGAGAGAAUCUUGAUCAGUGGCUCAAGUAUUUGAGAGCUAGUUUGCCCGCAGUGGCAUUUAAAGCUUCGACCCAAGAUCAAUCUAAACGAUUGGGUCGAAAGAAAUUGGGCUUAAAGAAAGAAGAUAUGAUUCAAAGUGGGGCUUGUUUCGGUGCUGAACUGUUGCUAUCGCUUCUUGGAAACUAUUGUCGCAAUGCAGGUGCUGUCAAAAGUAGUAUACGAGUGGGUGUCGUUGGUCUGCCAAACGUUGGUAAAUCAAGUAUAAUAAAUUCUUUGAAAAGAAGCAAAGCUUGUAAUGUUGGUAGUACACCGGGAAUAACAAAGUCCAUGCAAGCUGUACAGCUUGAUUCAAAGAUAAAGCUACUUGAUUCCCCUGGUAUUGUGUUCGCUACUUCAAAUCCAGACAAUCCAGACGAUUCUUCUGUUGCACUAAAAAAUGCUGUUAAAAUACAAGCUCUCAAAGACCCUUACACUCCAGCAACUGCAAUCCUCAAGAGAAUCUCUAAACAACAAAUCAUGGAACUGUACGAUAUGCACGAAUACUCGACACCUGAUGAAUUCUUUGCAAAAAAAGCUGCAAGAAUGGGAAUGUUCAAAAGAGGUGGUGUACCAGAUCUUUUGGCUGCGGCUAGGAGUGUUAUCAACGAUUGGAAUUCUGGUAAAAUUAGAUAUUACACCGUUCCACCUGAAGCAGCGCCUUGCCAAUUGUCCGCAGAAAUCGUCACCAAUAUCGCCAAAGAAUUCGAUAUUGAAAACUUUGCAGCUACUGAGAAAAUGAUGCUUGACGACGUUGAGGCUGCUGCUGCAAAGUUCAACCUCAAUGUGGUUGAUCCUCUCUUAAUUGAUAGCACUGGACCCGUUGAAUGUGCAAUGGAUAUCGAUCAGAAAAAGCAAGAAUUUAAGAUUCAAGAGAUGAACGAAAAACGAAAAAAAAUAGUUGAUCAAAAGAAGAAGGAACCGAACGCUCAGAGAAAAAAGAAAGUCGAACCAUUGUUCCAAAUCGAAGGGAAUCAGAAAUUAAAUAAAUUGAACAAAUUAGCGUUCAAAAAAGAAAAGAAAGACAAGGUUCGAAGAGAAAAAGAAGCUUCGAAUUUGGCCAAUCAAUUGGAGGGAUUCAACUUUUCAACCACAGAUGAUUAUAAUUUUGAAACUGAUUUCACGCCAAAAUAAACGUUAUACCGAGGUUAGUGAAUCGGUAACAACCUUUAUGAGAACGUCGAACAUUGUACAGUAUAAAAUUUUGUUAAAACGGAAUCACAGAAAUAUUUGAUAAAAAAUAUAUCAACCAGA